CUCUGUUAUGACAAGGCGCCAUAUUGGAAAAUUGCUCUGUUCAAGCUCGUUAUUUUGUAACAAGAUUUAUCCUUUUUGAACCAUGCCAACUGCUGUUUUAAAAGACGAAAACGUUGACAAAGAAGAGGAUAAUUAUCCAAGGAUUACGAAGAAAGUGCUAAUUCAACUUUGCAAAGAUCACAAAUUGUACAGAACACCAUAUCUUAAUGAUGUUCUCUACCUUCAUUAUAAAGGGUUUGCAAAGAUAGAAAACCUUGAGGAGUACACAGGCUUAAAAUGCUUAUGGUUGGAAUGCAAUGGAAUCCAUAAGAUUGAAAAUCUGGACAAUCAGAAAGAGUUGCGAUGCUUGUACCUACAACAGAAUCUCAUAACAAAGAUAGAGAAUGUGGAACAUCUACAACAGCUGGAUACACUUAACGUCAGCAAUAACACCAUUUCUAAGAUUGAAAACAUUGGAGCCAUACCCAAACUUAGCACUUUACAGAUAUCACACAACCGUUUGUCAACUGUUGAUGACUUGAGACAUUUGUCAGAAUGUUGUAAUCUGAGUGUUCUUGAUGUUUCCCACAACCGGAUUGACGACCCUGAUGUCGUGAAGGUCUUUGAAUCCAUGGAAAACCUUCAUGUUCUUAAUAUGAUGGGUAACCCGGUCAUCAAGAAAAUCAAGAAUUACAGGAAAAUUUUUAUCAUCAAAAUUAAAGGUCUCAGAUACCUCGAUGACAGACCAGUUUUUCCAAGAGAAAGAGCUUGUGCUGAGGCAUGGGAGAAGGGUGGAGUGGAGGCUGAACGAGAAGAAAGAGAAAGAUGGAUCACACGAGAACAACAAAAAAUCAUGGAAAGUUUUAAUGCAAUGGCGAAGAUAAGGGAACAAAACGAGCUAAAGAGGAAGCAGCAGCAAAUUACAUCGAACGAUGAAAACAAAGAAAACAGCAAUGGGCCAAGCGAUGAAAGUAACAGCGAGAACAGCCAGUACACUGAGCAACAGCAAACGCGUGCUGAAGAAAAACAGGAGUCUGAAAUUGUGUCACGUGUGUUAACUACAAAUUGUGUUAACACGAAAACCACUGACCCUAAGGAUGAAGGCGACAAUGAUUGUUCAGCUUCAGAACCUGAGACGCCUUCUGUUCAGGAAAUAGAGACUGUUACAAUCGGAUCUUCCACUGAGAACCAUGAGCUAGCUGAUCAAGGAAUCUUUAGUGGAUCUCGACAGCUUCAAGUUAAGAGGGCUGGUCCUAUGAUUACAGAAAUAGUUGUGGAUGAAGAUGAGGAAGAGAAACGUAAAGGAGAAGGAGUGUUGAUCACAGAAUUAGAAGAAGAUGACAUUGAAACGAUAUCACUGCGAGAGGUUCCUAGGGAAGAGUCACAUGAUUUCCCUGAUCCCCCUGAAGAGGAUUUGCCCGAGUUGGAGGAAAUUGAUGUGACGGAUCCGUUCUUCAUUCGCAGCUUAAACUCCUCUCAUACCAAGAGAAAACCACUUAUUGAGGAGAUGGACAGUAAUUUGGGAUCGCAAGAGAGACCGCUUAUUGAAGAAUACCGACGAGAAGAACUCCCUUUCAGUGACCAAGAAAAAGCCCUACCUGCAAGGAAACCUUUGAUCGAGGAAAUAGACGAAAGGUUUGCACGGUUGGAAACGUCUUCAAAGAAACCAAGUAAAGCACUUAUCGAAGAGUUCGAUGUGGUAGAUGACAGGGAAGAAUCAAAGCCACUUAUUGCAGAGAUAUAUGACGAACAGACACCAGAUGCAGAUACUGCUGGAAGGCAAGAAUCUGGGCUCAUCGCCAAAGCUUGUACCCAGUCUACGACUGGUCCAUCUUGGGAAACACUGCAAAGACUCGCUGAACAAGUUGGAUCGACGAUAGAACGGGAGCCACUUGAUAUGAAUAAGGAAAAGAAGGCUUUUAUGAAGAGGAUGCAUGACACCAACUUAGGAGACUUGGACUAAAAACACUAAAACAGCUGAAUGUUAACGGACUACGUUACAAUAUUUGAGUCAUACUUGAUGACGUGCAAAGCUACCUUCAUAUGUGUACGGAAAGACAGGAAAACACAAAAGAGGCAAUGAUAAACCAAGAAGGAACAAGAAUGGAGAAGAUUUACAAUGGAUUGCAUGUGAUAGACUGAAAUUGCUCAAACUACUUUGUGAAAAUGCUCUUUUAAGAAUAAUUCAUUAGCAGAAGGCUGAUGAAGAUGCUCGUAUUAUUGUUUACGACCAUCACAUAAGGCUUUGUAUGAUUAUGUGACAACACGGUAACAACAAAAGUACUUACUUUGGUCCCAAAGUGUUCCGUGCAUUUGAUAUUUGUCUUAAAACACGGCGACAGGUGGUUGCCACAUAGAGCUUUAAAUGUUGUCAGUUGCAUGCUAAUGUCACAUCAGGUAAGAUGCGCGAUCAAAAGCAGCUGCAUUUUAUGGUCAUAAUUCACAUAAAAAUCGUUUAAACGAUCUUUGCAAUGCUUGUCUUUGUCAUCCUUUCAGUGGUUCAGGGACUUUUUUCUUCGAUGGUAUGAAAAGUUCGGAAAAGGCCCAAAGGCCAUGUUACAACCCCUUGGUUAGGUAAGAAAUUAUAU